AUGCGCACGUGCCCUCAAGCCGACAAAUGGAGUGCCCAAGUCCGCCCCGAUAGCCAGACCCUCCAGAUUUCUAGCAGCACGUUUUCACCCAACACGACACGCCUGUGCUGGGUUGCCUUCAUCCUGCUCCACGCUUACUGCUGGAUUUACUUCGCUGCGAUGGCGUGCUUCUACUGGGGCUUGCCGGGAACAACUUUGGAUGUUUGGUUGUAUUUCUACGAGCUCAGCUUGGGGAGUGCCUACGAUCGAGCCAUCGCCAUCGUUUUGGGCUCCGUUGCUGCUAUUCACUUCGCGUAUCUAGUGUGGAUUGUCUGCUGGUCCCUGAAGAAUCGAGGGAUGGUCUUCGCCGUCUACGACGUAUUCGAGUCUCCAGGCCUAUGGUCACCAUUCAGCGAAAAGUCAAUGGCCUGCCGCGUUUACCGUGCUGUUCUCAUAGGCGCUGGCCUCAUUGGCGUUGAUGGGCCGUAUUUUGACUUACUGCUGCUAUGCCGGGAGGUUGUGGAGACAGCACUUCAGACCCAGCAAGCAUAUCGCAUGAGCUUGUUGCUGCCAAGAACUCAGUUGAAUCGGUGCUAUGUUGCGUUGCUAGUGCUCAAUUACUGGACAACCGCAUUGAUCCACUCCGCGUUCCACAAAAGUUUGCAUCAAGAGACUGUUCUACGUGAUUACUUCGAUUUCGAGACGAACCAGUUCCCGGUAUACCAGUGGUAUGAAGACGUCUGGUCGGUACACAUCCUCAGCGAGUUUCAAAUUGUACUCGUGACUUCUUGGGGUGAUUUGGUGAUGCGAGUCGUGUUUGCUCUAAACAUGAUUGGCAAUAUGGACAACAUGAAGAAACUAUUGAGCACGACGACCGAGCCUCAAGCAAGUACCGGGAAAAAGCGGUACCCCAGCGUGAACCGUCGAGUGUCAUCUGUGCAGCCUCUUCAAAUUCAGCCUCAAUUUACAGAUGUAAAGAGCGCGUACUCCCAACGCAGACUACAAAAUCUUCUGGCUGUGGAAUCUCGAACAACGCAGGUCGUUUUCUUCCUGUGGGGUGUUUUCCUGAUUAUUUGCCACUUGUACGCUGAGUCGAUUACCGGCUUACCACAGUCGGGCGUAGUGAUUAAACAUUAUUUGAGCCUUGAAGUUCCCGAAAUGAUUACAGAAUUUACGCGGUUGAGAGUGCUCAAGUUUUACAACUCCUCUAUUGUCAGCUGGAACGAAAGUGCUGCUAUCUCGCAGACGCACCACCCAAAUCUGAUCAUGUUGUUCCUCUAUUCCGCCCGCUGUGUUAGAAGGAAAUGUGUUGGCUACCUCCACGUAGGAGGCACGCUCAUAUCUGAACUACCCAAAGAUGCAGCGAACGUGUCGCCGUUUCUGAAGAUUCGUGUUGAUAACACGAACGUAUCGUUCUUUUGGGACUGGGUGGAUCCGAUGGUGCUGAAUGCUGGAGCUGUGUACAGCAAUAUCCCAACCAUUGUGGCUACGAAGUCUCCAUACUGUUUUGAUCUCGACCGCAUCUACAGUCGAAAGGAGACGAGAUUUUCAGCGCCGGAACACGUGCAUCAAUCGGUAAUUCUGUCUGACGCGUCUAUGAGGAACUGGCCGAUCAUAAGAAAAGCUGUGUUCUGUGAUCCAUGGGCGGAAACAUUGUACCCGAUUGGGCAUGAAGACCUGUACAACGGGAUCAAAGCGAUAUAA